AUGGAACCUAUUAAUAAAAAACAUAAAGAAAAAAAAGGAAGAUCCAAAAAUGAAAAGACAAAAAAAUCAAGCAAGAAUAAGAAACGCAAAUUGAGCGAAGAUGAGAUUAUCAUAUCGAAAGAAUCUAAUCCUAACUUUGAAGAUAAAGUUGAUAAAAAAUCAAAAAAGCUAAAAAAAUCAAAAAAAAAAGAUAAGAAACAUAAAUCAAACAAAAAAGAAGUUAAAACAGUGUUGGAAGUAAAUAAUAACGCUAAAACAAACUCAAAUAAUUUAACGACACAUGAAGUCGAAAAUCACACGUUGUCCAAUACUUCGGUUGACGCAAAAAAAGCAGAAAAUUCGCCUUUUCGGAUAGUCACAGCAAAAAUGCUCAUUGAUUUGCCACCUAAAGCUUUCGAAGAUUUCGACCAAGGAAUUUAUACAUAUAUGAACGCGCUGAUAAUGCAAUAUGUCGAAGAAUUUAACGGCAUUGUUCUUGCAUAUGAAAACAUUAAGCUAUGUAAUACAUCAGGAUAUAUAUACGAAGAUUCACCAUAUUGUCAUUUCUACGUACAAGCUGAUUUCGUUAUUUGGGACGCAUCAAAGGGAUGUAGGUUAACUGGAAAGGUGAUUCGGCAAUCACCUACACACAUUGCACUUUUGCUUUAUGAAUCUUUCAACGUCAAAAUAUUUCGUGAUUGCAUACCCGAUGAUGUAUUCGAAUGGAAAGAUAAUGAAGAAUUUUUUAAUGCAAUGAUUUCUGACAAACAAUUGGAACUAGAUAAACUAUAUCAAGAUGGUGAAUGGAUCAAUAAACGAACUGGUGAAAACCUUACAGAUAACUGUAUUGAAUUUGAAGUUCUUGGGUGA